GCCGAGGCCAUUGCCGCUUCCUGUUUGGUGGACAAGGAACCCGGCGGUCACAAAUUGCAAGGAUUUGGGAAGGGGUCUUUGUCUUCCUGCCCGGUUUUCCGAGAUUGAGUGCUUGGCUUGGCCGGGUAGAGCACGUUCCCACGUCUAGCAAACUCACCCCUCGGGAAGGCCUUCAGACGUGACAAAGAUUUGGCAUAUGCAGGAUGACAGGCAGCCUCUAAAGGAAAAGUUUUUUUAAGUUUUCAAUAGGUCAAAAUAACCCUUGUUCUAACUUGAAGAAAAAUCACUCUGCCUCAUAAACAACUACAAACUUCGUAUUAGCGUAAAAGGACUAACUUCCUCAGUGCUUAGACUCUGAGGAAAAUGGCAAAUAUGGAUAGUGAUUCUAAGCAUCUUCUCAUCUCUGAGGUAGAUCAUGAAGUAAAUUCUGGACCUAUGAAUAUCCAGUUUGAUUCAUCAGAUCUAAGAUCCAAAAGGCCUUUCUAUAUAGAACCCACAAACAUCGUCAAUGUGAAUAAUGUCAUUCAGAGGGUUAGCGACCAUGCCUCUGCCAUGAACAAGAGAAUUCAUUACUACAGCCGGCUCACCACUCCUGCAGACAAGGCACUGAUUGCCCCAGACCAUGUAGUUCCAGCUCCCGAAGAAUGCUAUGUGUAUAGUCCAUUGGGUUCUGCUUAUAAACUUCAAAGUUAUACUGAAGGAUAUGGUAAAAACACCAGUUUAGUAACCAUUUUUAUGAUUUGGAAUACCAUGAUGGGAACAUCUAUACUAAGUAUUCCCUGGGGCAUAAAACAGGCUGGAUUUACUACUGGAAUAUGUGUCAUCAUACUCAUGGGCCUUUUGACACUUUAUUGCUGCUACAGGGUAGUGAAAUCACGGACUAUGAUAUCUUCAGUGGAUACAACUACGUGGGAAUAUCCAGAUGUCUGCAGACAUUAUUUUGGCUCCUUUGGGCAGUGGUCAAGUCUUCUUUUCUCCUUGGUGUCUCUCAUUGGAGCAAUGAUAGUUUAUUGGGUGCUUAUGUCUAAUUUUCUUUUUAAUACUGGAAAGUUUAUUUUUAAUUUUAUUCAUCACAUUAAUGACACAGACACUGUGCUGAGUACCAAUGAUAGCAACCCUGUGAUUUGUCCAAGUGCCGGGAAUGGUGGCCAGCCUGACAAUAGCUCUAUGAUUUUCUACGCCAACGACACGGAAAUCCAACUCUUUGAAAAAUGGUGGAAUAAGUCCAAUACGGUGCCCUUUUACCUUGUAGGACUCCUCUUGCCACUGCUCAAUUUCAAAUCUCCUUCGUUUUUUUCAAAAUUUAAUAUCCUAGGCACAGUAUCCGUUCUCUAUUUGAUUUUCCUUGUCACCUUGAAGGCUGUUCACUUGGGAUUUCAUUUGGAAUUUCAUUGGUUUAUACCAACAGGAUUUUUUGUACCAGAGAUAAGAUUUCAGUUUCCACAGCUGACUGGAGUACUUACCCUUGCUUUUUUUAUUCAUAAUUGUAUUAUCACACUCUUGAAGAAUAACAAGAACCAAGAAAACAAUGUGAGGGACCUGUGUAUUGCUUAUUUGCUAGUGACAUUAACUUAUCUCUAUAUUGGAGUCCUGGUUUUUGCUUCAUUUCCUUCACCACCAUUAUCCAAAGAUUGUAUUGAGCAGAAUUUUUUAGACAACUUCCCUAGCAGUGACACCCUGUCCUUCAUUGCAAGGAUAUUCCUGCUGUUCCAGAUGAUGACUGUAUACCCACUCCUAGGCUACUUGGCUCGUGUGCAGCUUUUGGGCCAUGUCUUCGGUGACAUUUAUCCUAGCAUUUUCCACGUGCUGAUUCUUAAUCUAAUUAUUGUGGGAGCUGGAGUGAUCAUGGCCUGUUUCUACCCAAACAUAGGAGGGAUCAUAAGAUAUUCAGGAGCAGCAUGCGGCCUGGCCUUUGUAUUCAUAUAUCCAUCACUCAUCUAUAUAAUUUCCCUCUACCAGGAAGAGCGUCUGACGUGGCCUAAAUUAAUCUUUCAUGUUUUCAUCAUCAUUUUGGGUCUGGCUAACCUGAUUGUUCAGUUCUUUAUGUGAAAUAUUCAACUGUUUUCUCAAGAUCUUUCAUGGUAUUUUGAACCUUGACAACAGGUUUACAUAAAUUCACUUGUAAAUGCUGUUGUUGCCAUAAUUUUAAGUGUUUUCUAAUAUAACUUGAAAGCAAGGGAAAAUAGUAGUCCACUAAGUAUUUUUGAUAUGGGUGGGGAAAGGGGCCAGAACAAUGAUCUUAGUCUCUUUACCUUUCUCAUUUACUCACCUCUUCAUUCUCAUCGUCUUUUCUGGGUAGAAAUGUAUGCCCUUGGAAAAAUCACAGUGGGUUUUGCUUUUAGAAGUAUUAAGUGGGCAGAUUUAUUUUGCCUACAGUAAAGAUUCUCAGGGUGUCACAGCAGCAUAUUGCCAGAUUCUGUUUCUGUUUUAUGUUUCAGUGUUUUCACUUUCAUUUUCUUUCUUGCUGGACCAUUUCUGCAGUUUGCCCAAACCUCUACUGUUUGGGACAGCAAACCAAAUACCUCAUUUUAAAAAACAAGUUUCCGUAGUAUUAGUGUCAAUAGAGUGAAUUCUUAGCUACAUCUUUAAUCUCUAUUUGAAGAAAAAAGUGAAAAAAACAGAACAGUAUCAGUAUAGGACCCAGGGUCAUGAAACAUAUGUAAAAUAAACAAAGUAGGAGAGUU